UUCCGGCAUUCUUCCGGUUUAUGUACUUCCCCACGCAAGUCUCAAGCUUCUUCCCUGGCUGAUAUGUUUUUAUUUUAGUUGGCAGCUUAGCGGUUGCUUGCUUGUAACAUUCUUGAUGAUCCCGCUUUGGGAGUUGGUAGGGCAGGUUCAGAAGAUAUGUUUUUGAUGACACCCUUGUAUUGUUAUACUAAGUAACAUAUCUUCUACUGAAGCAGAACCCGAGAGUUUUAAGGCUCUGCGCGUUUAUCAUAUACACACUGCCAGUGUUACAGCUCGAGGACUUUUAACAGUUGUGUUUUUGCCGAGUUCUAAAAUACUGAACACAUUUGGAUUUGGACGCGUUUGUUUGUAAUUUAGUUUAAAGAGACGGUUUAAUGGCUUUGAGGCAGACUCCGCUAACUUGCUCUGGUCAUACUAGGCCGGUGGUUGAUUUAGCUUUCAGUUGCAUUACUCCAUACGGCUACUAUUUAAUUAGCGCUUGCAAAGAUGGUAAGCCUAUGUUACGCCAAGGUGAUACAGGUGACUGGAUUGGCACAUUUCUGGGUCACAAAGGUGCUGUCUGGGGUGCUACAUUAAAUAAAGAUGCUACUAAAGCAGCUACAGCAGCUGCAGACUUCACAGCCAAAGUAUGGGAUGCUGUUACAGGUGAUGAAAUGAUGACAUUAACCCACAGACAUAUUGUCAAAAGUGUGGAUUUUACACAGGAUAGCAGUUCUCUGUUGACUGGUGGCCAAGACAAAGUACUCCGAAUUUAUGACUUGAACAAACCAGAUGCAGAGCCCGAAGAGAUUAGUGGCCAUACAUCUGCUAUUAAGAAAGCAUUAUGGUGCAGUGGAGACAGACGUGUCCUUUCAGCAGCAGAUGACAAAACAGUUCGUCUCUGGGACAGAGCUGUUGUGUCAGAAGUGAAAUCCAUCACCUUUGGUUCCUCCGUGAGCAGCAUGGAGUACAUUGCAGAUGGUGAAAUCCUUGUAAUAACUUAUGGGAAGACAAUAGCUUUUUAUAAUGCUCUGAGCCUUGAGCUAAUCAAAUCAUUUGAUGCGACUGCUCCAAUCAACUCUGCAUCUCUUCACCCAGAAAAGGACUGUUUUGUUGCAGGUGGUGAUGACUUCAAGGUCUACAAAUAUGACUAUAGUAGUGGGGAAGAAUUAGAGUCGUACAAAGGACACUUUGGUCCAAUCCACUGUGUAAGAUUUAGUCCUGAUGGAGAGUUGUAUGCCAGUGGUUCUGAGGAUGGUACUCUGAGACUGUGGCAAACAACUGUGGGGAAGACGUACGGUCUUUGGAAAUGUGUACUUCCUGAAGAACUUGGAUCUGAGAAUUCUGAUGCCAUCUAUAGCAGUACACCAGAGGUGAAAGCUUGAAUCAUGUUCAUGCUUGAGAAAUGCACAGACCUUUAUUUUACUUGAAAAACUUGGAAAUAAGAAGGAACAUCAAGUAACAGCAGAAGGGACCGUUUCCUGAGUUAUUGUUCCCAAGCACAGAAAUAGUAGAUUAUCAUGCUAAGAUGCAUUGGUUGUUUCAUCUGACUGGAGGUCAUACUCCGAGAACUACAGUAAAAAGGCACAUAUUGUGCAGUGAAACUCGGUCUGUUUUUUUGAGUAUGUUCCCACAUUGUUCCUUUGUUUUCUGGUAUACUGUAUAGGUGUGUUUUAUGUUUUAAAUAUAAACACCAAAUUAAUGUGCCUGCCACAUCAAGAUUUUUCUUUAUUUGGUAGGAUUUUUCUUUUUAAUUUGGUUUUUAAAGGAGGGUGCAUGUGGUAUAGCAUUUGUGCUAGCCUGAUUUUUAUUUUUUUCCCCUUUCUUACGGCACUCUUGUCCAGUGUUCCUUUCUGAAUAAAGUAUGUGAAAUAAUUGUCUGUGAUUUCUGAAAGCUAGGUGCAUAUAUAUUUCCAGGAGCAGGGCAAACACAAUAAAAAAGCCUGUAACUGAAA